CAUUUUUUCUUGAUGCCUUGCUUCUGUGUUCCUUGGGAAUGCCACUGGGCUUAUACAUCUGGUCUCUGGGAGCUACGGUGGAUGGGCAUUUGUGACAGCACUAUGGGACUGAGUACCACUCUCUUUGUGAUGGCCCUCCUGCUCUCUGGUGCUGCUUCCAUGAAGAGUCAGGCAUAUUUCAACAAAAUUGGAGACCUUCCAUGUCACUUUACAAACCCUGAAAACAUAAGCCUGGAUGAGCUGGUAGUAUUUUGGCAGAACCAGGAUAAGUUGGUUCUUUAUGAACUAUUCAGAGGCAAAGAGAAUCUUCAAAGUGUUGAUGCCAACUACAAGGACCGCACAAGCUUGGACCAGGAUAAUUGGACCCUGCGACUCCACAAUAUUCAGAUCAAGGACAAGAGAUUGUAUCAAUGUUUCAUCUAUCAUCGCAAAAACCUCCAGGGAAUGAAUCUCAUCCACCAAAAUGAUAUCGACCUAUCAGUGCUUGCUAACUUCAGUCAACCUGAAAUAAUGCUAAUUUCUAAUAGAACAGAAAAUUCCUACAUAAAUGUGACCUGCUCAUCUGUACAAGGUUACCCAGAACCUGCGAAGAUGUAUUUUCAGCUAAAAACCAUGAAUUCAACAUCUGAGUAUGAUGCUGUCAUGGAAAUAAUUCAAGAUAAUAUCACAGGACUGUACAAUGUUUCUAUCAGCUCGUCUUUACCGGUGUUUCCAGAAACAAAUGUGAGCAUCUUCUGUGUCCUGCAACCUGAGCCAACACAGACAGAGCUUUUCUCCCAACCUUACAGUAUAGAUGCAAAGCCACCUCAGCCACUCCUGCCUGUCCCAGACAAUGUCCUCCUGACUGCUCUACCUGUACUGCUGCUCGUUGUGUGUGCGAUGGUAGUGUUCUUUAUAACACUCAAGAAAAGGAAGAAGAAACCUGUCCCCUCUCAUGAAUGUGAAGUCAUCAGAGUGGAAGGGGAAGAGAGUGAACAGGCCAAGGAAAGAGUAGAAAACCGUGUACCCGAAAGAUCUAAUGAAGCCCAGUGUAUUCUCAACAUUUCAAAGACAGACUCAGAUUUGGGGGCAGUGAUGCAAUCAAAGGAGAUUUCCAGUGGCAUCAGGGAAGAGAAACAUGAGUGUGGUACCCAGGAACCCUUUUGAGUUCACUGUCUUUCCCACCAUUUCCGGGGCUGUCUGUUAAAGAAGACUUACCAGAUCCCAAUUCAAAGAUUCCUGUUCAUUACAGUCUAGAGCCUGGUGCUGGUAUUCCAGAAGCAUCAUGAGAGGAAGACAGCCCAUGAGCCCCAUUAGAAAGGACCUUUCCAAGUGCUACUGCUACAAAACUGAGCUGUGGAUGUGCAUCAGGCUCUACCUGACAUCUGGUCCUGUAUAGACGCUGGAGACCUCCAAAUCAAACUGAUGAGGAAGAGAAGGAGCUGACAUCAAUUAGAGUGCUUCUGUUCAAGACAAAGGGUCAAGACUUCCCACUUCAAUAAAUUUGGAACAUUUUCGCCUUCUUUUACUUUCCUUUACUCCAGCAUUGGCCUGGAAAGCUAACCAUCAUGCAUCUCGCAGGCCAUUACUAAGAGGAUGACCUUUCAGAUUGCUGGAUUGUUAUCAAAGAUUCCAAUUUAUACAUAAUUAACAAGCUAAGAUUUUCCUCCACCUAUUAAGAGUCCUCAACAGCAGCACCCAUUUUUACAAGGCAUGUAGGAUGACUCUUUGUUUCAGGCUAGGAGAUUCUCUUCCCAUAUGCAUUAAAAAUCUAACUGACCCCUGGUUUGAACAGGUAUAUGCAGAAAUUCCUGAAAAAUGAGUCUACUCACAGUUCUGCCAUAGCACACAGCCAGGCAAUGCCUCUUAGAUUAUCUAACUGUAACCCUAACUUCACAAAUGAACUGGGAUCCCUCAUUGGUCAACUUCUCUGAAUCUACAUUGUUGAGUUAGAAAGUACUUACAGGAGGCUUCACUUUAAAUUUUAAAAGGACCUUUGGCAGGUCCCUACUUCCCUGGUUUAGGAAUAAAUACAAAUGAGGCAGAAAUCUGCUGUGAAAGCAGUAGCUACCCCUCACCCUCCAUCCCAAUCUUUACAUUCUCUAGCCAAAGUUGUUCUUGAUAAUAGAAUAACCUUCUAUUAUAUUUUUGCUGAGCAAGGAGGUGUCUGCUGUGGCCAACACUACCUGCUGUACCUGGUUCAGCACUCCUGGGAAGUGUAAAUGCGUGUUCACAGCUGCUAACUACUCACCAAAUGACCUCCCUAGGACUGGAGUACCUGAGAGGGAAGAGAAAGUGACAGUCUUGAAAGCUGUGGGCCAGGGGUCACAGCCUGUGAGAGUUCCAAGAUUCAGCACCAUGUCAUGACCUAGGAAUACCACACAAAGCAUCAGCAAAAGCUGCAAGAACUAGAGAGUGGUAGCUGAGAG